AGGGAAUGUGUUGCAACCUUCAUGGCUUCGUGGAGAUGGAUGUAACAUAUCUAAAGGGACCCGAUUUCCCCCAUCUGUCCGUGGGAUGAUUCUUUCAAUCCAUCUCUGUUUCUACGGCGGUGGUGAUUCCAACUCUGGUUUUCCCACGUGAUAUCAAACUUGGCGUUCAUAAUGGCAGCAUUCGCUCAGAUCCCUCUCUCGACGGGAUGGUCUUUCAAGGAUAGCGACGAUCACUCGGAGGGUGCGUGGCUAUCGGUUCCGAAGGUUCCGUCGGUCGUGCAGCAGGACCUGAUUGCAAACAACAAGCUGGAGGACCCGUACGUGGGAUUCAAAGAACUCGAUGCGCGAUGGGUCAAUGAAAAGUCGUGGACCUAUCGAAAGGUCGUCCAAAAGCCGGCUGUUCCCGCGGGAGCGUCGAUCGUGCUGGCGUUUGACGGUCUGGAUACCUUUGCGACGGUGAGACUGGACGGCAAGGUGAUCUUGGAGUCCACCAAUAUGUUCCUCGCCCAUCGGGUAGACGUGACAAACGUCAUCCAGGCUGAGGGAGAUCACGUUCUGGAGAUCGAAUUUGACUGCGCGUUCUUGCGGGCCAAGGAGCUUCGGAAGAAGGACCCCAGCCAUAACUGGGCCUCCUUCAAUGGAGACCCGGCGAGAAUGGCGGUCCGGAAGGCACAGUACCACUGGGGCUGGGACUGGGGCCCGGUCCUGAUGACUGCGGGCAUCUGGCGUGCGGUGCGGCUGGAGGUGUAUUCUGCGCGGGUCGCGGAUCUCUGGACAGACGUGCAGUUAGCAUCCGAUCAUCAGACUGCGCAAGUGUCUGCUUUUGCUGAAGUAGAGGCCACUGGUGUAGACGAGUACAAUGUCCGGUUUACAUUGAGUCUUCAUGGGCAAGAAAUUGCUACCCAGACUGUCGCGCCGCAACAGGGCACCGCCACUGCGACGUUUGAUGUUCAGAAUCCCGCUCUGUGGUGGCCUAACGGCUACGGUGACCCGACCCGCUAUGAAGUGUCUGCCUCCUUGGAAAAGGGACAGCAGGCCAUCCAUAAUGUCUCGAAAAAGAUUGGCAUCCGCACUGCGGAGCUGAUUCAACAGCCGGACAAGCACGGUAAAUCGUUCUACUUCCGCAUCAACGGAGUCGAUGUCUUCUGCGGCGGGUCGUGCUGGAUUCCUGCAGACAACCUUCUGCCUAGUAUCAGCGCGGAACGGUAUCGGAACUGGAUUGCCCUCAUGGUCCAUGGUCGUCAGACAAUGAUCAGGGUCUGGGGCGGUGGCUGCUAUGAAGACGACAGUUUCUACGACGCCUGCGACGAACUUGGAGUCCUGGUCUGGCAAGACUUCAUGUUCGGCUGCGGCAAUUACCCGACCUGGCCCGAAUUGCUGGCGUCGGUCGAAGAGGAGGCCAUUUACAAUGUUCGCCGGCUGCGCCAUCACCCGUCCAUUGUCAUUUACGUUGGAAACAACGAAGAUUACCAGGUCCAGGAGCAGAACGGUCUGACCUAUAACUACGAAGACCAAGACCCCGAGAGCUGGUUGAAGACGGAUUUCCCCGCUCGCUACAUCUACGAGAAGAUCUUGCCGUCUGUGAUCAGCAAAGUAUCCCCCAAGACCGUCUACCACUUUGGUAGCCCUUGGGGAGAUGGCAAGGUGACGUCGGAUCCCACCGUGGGCGAUAUGCACCAGUGGAAUGUCUGGCAUGGUACGCAAGAAAAGUACCAGAUCUUCGACACCCUCGGGGGCCGCUUUAACAGCGAGUUCGGAAUGGAGGCCUUCCCGCACAUGUCGACUGUCAAGCACUUUGUCGAGAAUGAGAAGGAUCUGUACCCUCAAUCUCAUGUGCUGGAUUUCCACAACAAGGCCGAUGGCCACGAGCGACGGAUUGCCACUUAUCUCGUUGAGAAUCUGCGGACGGCUACGGAUCUCGAGACCUACAUCUACCUGACCCAGGUUGUCCAGGCCGAGACGAUGAUGUUCGGAUACCGCGGCUGGCGGCGUCAGUGGGGUGACGACAGACACUGCGGUGGUGCGCUCCUCUGGCAGCUAAAUGACUGCUGGCCGACUAUUUCAUGGGCGAUUGUGGACUACUUCCUGCGUCCCAAGCCUGCGUUCUACGCGGUGUCCCGUGUCCUGAAGCCCAUUGCGGUGGGUGUGCGACGAGAGCACCACGACUGGAGCGUGACGCAUGCUCAGCCGCCCAAGACCAGCAAGUUCGACCUGUGGCUGGCCAGCAACCUCCAAAAGGAGGCUGUCGGCAUGGUGGAACUUCGAUUCCUCUCCAUCGACACCGGACUCGAGGUCCGCGAGCGCUUCGUCCAAGACAACGUGACCAUCGUGCCCAACGGCACCACGAACAUCAUCGUGGACGGGGUCAUCGAUUACUCCCAGUUCCCUGAGCCCCAUGUGCUCUCCGCUCGCGUCUGGGUGGAUGGCACCCUUGUGGCUCGCGACGUUGACUGGCCGCAGCCGUUCAAAUACCUCGAUCUGUCCAACCGAGGACUGAGUGUUGAGAAGGUGUCCGAGUCCGGAGAGGAGCAAGUCCUCCUCCUCAGCACCCAGAAGCCCGUCAAAUGCCUCGUUUUUGAGGAGCGAGACGGAGUCAAAUUGUCGGACAGCGCGAUCGACGUGGUUCCUGGGGACGACCAGAAGGUGACGGUCACGGGCCUGAAGCCCGGCGACGCCCCGCUGAAGUACCAAUUCCUCGGCCAAUAAAUCAACAGGGAGGACUCUAGGCGUCAUCCAUGGCACAUGAUGGUGUAGCUCGUCAUGUAUCGGAGCUUGACCAGAAUGAAUAUGUUGAUGCUUCAAUGAUUUCAUCGUAGUGUUAAUGACGGCAACCACUGGAUCAGUCUUUCAAUUUGACUUUCCCCGCUUUCCC